GGCUCUCUUAAAUGAAUCAUGUAUGCAGUUGUACAUUUUGUGGAUGAUGAAAGCGUAGAAUGUGUCCCAAAGUCAUGGCUGGAAGGGCAAUACUGCUAUUGGCCAUCCUCUAAUGCAAAGAGAAAAAUACAUAAAAUGUCCCUGCCAGACAAAGACAACUGGCAAAAAUAUAGAUAUAGGAAAAUUGGUCAAGAUUAUGAGGACUAUGAAACAGCCAGAAAGAACCUGAAAAAAGCAGAGGAAACAUCAAACCUGGAAAGUGAGGAGGAUUCGCGGAAGAGGAAGCAACCAUCAAGAUUAAUAAGCGAGUCAGAAAGUGGAACAGAUAUUGAAAGUGACACAGAAGGUAGAAUGCCGUCUCCCCCAAAGACAAAAUUUUCACAGAGAGAGAAUCAUAAAAGACAUAUAACACCUGUGAAGAAAGCAUCAAUAACAUCAUUACAAGAUAGUUCACCACUCUCUCCAUCACCACCACCACCAUCUUUGCCAGCUAGGAAACAUGACCUAGCCACAACUUCAGUAAAGAGACAGUUGCUAAGUACAAGUACAGCAGUUCGUAGGUCUCCAAGGUCAAAAACAGGGGUUUCAAGCUUCAGCACUGAGAAAUCUCCACUGAGAGUUACAAGUACUCCAUCAGCAUCUUCAGCUGGAGGUGCUAUGUCAUCUUCAUCUAGAAGUACUUCUUCAUUUUCUCACCAAAUACUUGCAAGUAGCGAUACUGGAACAUCUGCGACAAAGAAAUCGGGAGGAAACAUUUCUGAGUUAAUCCAUCAAGUUAUUUCCAAGAUAGAUAUUCUACAGAAGGACAUAUCUGCCAUCAAAAGUCAUUUAGUGUCUUCUGUGGAUGUUGAUUUUGACACCAUUGAAAGCUUGCUACCAUCAGGAAGUAAGCUUAAUUCUGUCAGAGAGGUAGAAGACUUUCAGGAAACAUUAGAUGACAGUUCUAAGAGGAAACUGAUAAAUGCAAUGGCCUCAUUGCAAGGUGGAGAUAAUGCCGGGGAAAUAUGCAGGGCAAUAAUGCGGUCUGUGAUGACAAACAACUGCAUGAGCCAGUAUAGUGGGACCGGACAGAAAGGGAAAAUUGCCUUCAUCGGCACACCCCUGUACAAAAUCAUCCUUUCUGCUGCUCGCAAAGCAUCAAAAAAGACAAUCCAAUUUGAGACGAUCAAAAGAGAGGUGUUAGAUGUCUUACGGUUUGCGCCUUACCUUCCAGGAGGCAGUAAUUAUUCUAAAAGGAAAGGAAAGAAGUCAAAAAGUCCCCGUGUAGAGGAGUUCCCUACAGACUCCGAAUAAAGUUACCAACUAUUUUCAUAUUUCAGAUUAAGUAAACUUUUACUAGUUACAUGUAGAAAGACUUUUUAUUUUAUUAAC